AUGCGGGAGGUGGUUGACCUCAUCUCCUCGGAUCCACCCCUUCCUGAGAGGCCUAGGCCGCAGAAUGUGCCGGCUAAGUCACGGCAGGCGGGGGUUGGCCGCACAGCCAACUCGAGGCUGAUUUCGUCCGACUCAAUCGAUAUCUCUGUCUUCAAUUCCGACGACUUCCUCGAUAAGCCAGCCAAGAAACGCCGAGUCAGCAACGAAAAGCGCUCUCCUCUCCGACAAAGCACGGUGCCGCAGGGGCCAUCACGGCCUCUUCCUUCCUUGUUCUCGUUUUCGGAUGAUGACUUCGCCCUUCCACCUUCAAACCCUAGAGCACAGAAGUACUGGGAGCGCGAUACCGAGGAAUCAGAUCCUAUUUUCACAUCAUCUGCGCCAGAGCCGUCCAAGAAGCAACGCUCUGCCUGGUCGCAUCCCAAUCAUAAACAAUCCGAGGUGAUCACGCUCGAAGAUGACGAUGACAAUACUUGGAAAUCCAUGGGGAACGUGAGCACAAGCCGUGGAAAGCAGGAUGAAAUACAGGAAUUCAGCGAUCCUUUUGGAUUUGCAGAGUUUGACGAUACCUUUGAGCUUUCUGAACCGGCUGUUUCCGCUUCCAAGUCUGCAUUCUCCAGCAAGACCGCUUCCUUGCUAUCUGGUCUCAAUACCGCACCCAAGGGAAAUGGCCCAAAAGCCAGCACCAAGUCUGGAUCUCGCUCUCAAAAGGCCAAGGGUGCCACAAUGGCUGCUGCAGCAUUCCGAGACUUCUCCGAUGAAGUCGAUGAGCCUGCCGGACUCAAUCGAACGGCGAAGAAACCGGGGAAGCUUACAACAGAAGAGAAGGAGGCCAGAGCACAGGCCCGCGUCAACGCCAAAGCGCAACGGGAUCUCGAACGGCAGCUUGAGAAGGAUCGGAAACAGAAAUUGAAGGAGGACAAGGCCAAAGAGAAACAGCUCGCUGCGGACAUUGCUGAGGCCAAUAAGCUCAAGGUGGCCAAGAAAGAUUCUACCGCCGAGAUGAUACUUGACAUUUCGUGUUCGUUGGAAGAAACUAGUGUUGGCAAUCAAGCUGUGGAGUUCAUGAAGCGGUUGAAGGUGGAGCAUCAUUUCUUUACCAGCCCGAUUCCAAACGUGGUCAAGUGGCGGCGAAAGAUGAAUGCCAUCUACAACGACGAAGCUGGUCAUUGGGAACCAGCUCCAUUUCAUAUCUUGGAUGAAAAGCAUAUCCUCUGCUUGGUGCCUGCGCAAGAUUUUGUUGACAUGGUCAUUGACCCUCCACCUGGCGAGGAUAGAGAGUCCUUGGAGAUGCACGUCCUGAAGAUGAAAAGCGCCUAUCCGGGCUACACAAUCAUAUACCUCAUUGAAGGGCUCACAUCCUGGAUGCGCAAAAACAGCAACACCCGCAACCGGGCCUACAGGGCCGAGGUACUCAGUCAAUACGAACCGGAACCAGCACCUACUUCGAGUCAGGCAUCCGCUGCACCCCGCCGAGGCAGGAAACCGAAGCGCAAACCAGAGACCACUCCACCAGUCAAUGAUGACACGGUUGAAGAUGCUCUGCUCGCGUUGCAAGUACAACAUUCAUGUUUUAUCCAUCACACUGCCGUGGCCCCCGAGUCCGCGGAAUGGAUCAAGAACUUCACAGAGCACAUCUCUACCAACUUAUAUCGGCGGGAGCGCAUGAAUGCCCACGAUGCGGCUUUCUGCAUGGAGAGUGGCCAGGUCAAGCCUGGCGAUGACAAGCUUGAUACUUUUGUGAAGAUGCUGCAAGAAGUGACUCGAGUCACUACUCCUAUGGCAUAUGGUAUCUCAUCACAAUACUCUUGUGUCACGGACUUGGUUCGGGGUAUGCAGAUGCAUGGACCUACAAUGCUGGAGAAUGUCAAGAAAUCUGUAAAUAAGAACGGCGCAUUGUCUGAUGCUCGCGUGGGACCCGCAGCUAGCAAGCGUUUGUACAAAGUCUUCACCGGGUUGGACCCAACUUCUACGGACGUCUAG